AUGACUGCAUUCGUCUCUCUCGCACUCGCUCUGGCCGUGGGCACAGUCACGGCUUCCCCGCUCCCCCAAGGAAUCGACCCAACGGGAUCCGCCACGCCAAUGCCUAGUGUCUGUUCUUCAACAUAUACCUCUGCCGCUGGGGAUACUUGUGCCUCCAUUGGUGCCAAAUUUGGACUUAGUGCUACCCAGAUCCAGUCCGCGAAUACCUUCCUCAACUGCGAUGAUAUCUGGACUUGGACGCCUGUGUGUAUCCCAGCUGGAGCGACUACUUCGAGCUCGACUACUGCAAGUACCCCCUCGAGUACCUGCGUUGCGACAUAUACCGCUGUUUCUGGGGAUACUUGCGCCUCUAUUGGAGCAAAAUACGGCCUCACAGAAGCACAGGUUCUUGCCGCUAAUACGUUCCUUAAUUGCAACGACAUUUGGGCGUGGACUCCCGUCUGCAUUCCCCAAACUUCCACUCCCCCGCCACCGACGUGCGUUACGACUUACACAUCCCAGGCUGGCGAUACCUGUGAAUCCAUCGAAUCAAAGUUUGGACUUCCGGUUGGCGCGAUCAAGGCCUCAAAUGACUUUGUGACGUGCAACGACAUCUGGCAAUACACGCCCAUCUGUAUCCCUCCUGGUGGAAUCACGGUUACUGCGACGCUCCCUACGACGACCGUUACUGCAACUACGACGACCUCGUCGGGAUCUACAGCUAGUCCAUGCGCAAGUGUCUACAUUGCGCAAGCCGGAGAUACAUGCACCUCGAUCGUCAAGGGGUCGCGCUCAGAGGGCCGUCAAAUCUAUUUGUCCAACCCGACCUUGGAUUGCAAUCAUAUCCCGGCCGGGACACAAGUCUGCAUCAAUCAAUAUGCUUACUCAUACAUCCAAACCGCUACACCUACGCCCAUUCCAACGUGCGCAAAGACGCAUACCGCCGUUGCGGGUGACACCUGCCAAUCCAUCUCGCGCACCCAGUCUUACGAUUUGGCCGCUGCCGACAUUGCCUCGGCCAACAGUUUCGUCAACUGUGACGACAUCUGGGCUGGUACGCAACUCUGUAUCCCUCAAUACACGUCUGUGCCAUACUGCAAGCACAUCAUCCAUGCGUCGGCGGGCGAGUCGUGCUUCAACCUCAGCCGCCCAUACAAGAUUGGAGGAAGCGAUAUUAUGGCUGUUACGCCUGGAUUGGAGUGUGGUGAUGAUGAGUUUGGGAAUAGCAAUGCCUAUGAAGGACAAGAGAUCUGCAUCCCUUGGUCAACCUUUUACUAG